CGGAUAGCCCUAGAAGAGUUACUAGAAAGUCAAACACAUAUCACACACAUCUAUCUAUCAUCUCUGCUCUACAUUCAACCAUUCUUUUACAACUAUAUUCCAAUGUAGUAGUUGUUAUUAAUCCUCAUGUAUCCCUCCAUAAAUAGACGAAGCUAUUCAAUCAAAACCCAUCAUUAUUAAAUAAAAUAAAAAUUAAAAAAAAGGGGCAAAACUGCCUGAAAAACUUCAAACUCUAAUUUAACCCCCGCCCUUAAUUUCAUCAUCCCAAAAUUUGAUUUGGGAACGAUCAACUUGCCAAAAAGGAAACACACUAAUUUUUUUUAAAUAAAAAUAAAGAAAAGAUGUUGCCCAUUGUGUUGUUGUUCAUGCUGCCUAUAUUGGGAUUAGCAGCACCAGCAGCAGAUGAUAGCAUAAUAUAUGAGAGUUUUGCAAAAUGCCUACAAAGGAACAGGAUCCCAGCAGCCCAGGUUCCAGCAAUGCUGUACAGCCCCACAAACCCGGCCUUUAGCGAUGUCCUGAACGCCUACGUGCGGAACCUGAGGUUCAACACCACCGCCACCAAGAAACCGUCCAUCAUCGCCACCCCGGUGGACAUCCCGGCCGUCCAAGCCACGGUGGUUUGCACCAAGGAGGCCGGCCUUCAGCUCAAGACCCGAAGUGGGGGCCACGAUUACGAGGGGAUCUCCUACGUGUCCGCCAACCCGUUCGUGAUCCUGGACUUGUUCCACCUCAGGAACAUCACCUUUGACAUGCCUACUCAGACCGCGUGGGUCCAGGCCGGGGCCCUCCUUGGGGAGCUCUAUUAUGCCAUCUCCAAGCAGAGCAACGUCCUCGCCUUCCCCGCCGGGGUCUGCCCCACCGUCGGCGCCGGUGGCCACAUCAGCGGUGGCGGUUAUGGCCCCUUGAUCCGCAAGCACGGCCUCACCGUUGACCACGUUGUCGACGCGCAAAUCAUCGACGUCAACGGCAAGGUCCUGGACCGGAAAGGCAUGGGAGAGGAUUUGUUCUGGGCCAUCCGGGGUGGCGGGGGAGCCAGUUUCGGGGUUAUCCUGGCUUACAAGAUUAAUCUGGUUCCCGUGCCGCCGGUGGUAACGGUGUUCAACGUGCAGCGCACUCGCACCCAGAACGCGUCGGACAUUUUGGUACAGUACCAAAACACCAUCGAGAAAUGGGACGACAACCUCUUCAUCAGAGUCCUCAUCCAACCCGUCACGGUGGAUAAGUCGAGCAACAAGAGUGUUAGGAUCACACUCAUCGGAGAGUUUUUAGGCAAUCCUGACGGACUCCUUCCCCUGAUGAACACUCAUCUCCCAACCCUGGGGUUGACCAAGGCGGAUUUACAGGAGAUGAGCUGGGUGGAAUCCAUGCUGUUUUGGGCCAAUUACGACAAUGCCACCUCACCCGAGGCCCUAAACAGCAGGGUCCCCCACGACGGCGUCGGUUUCCUCAAGAGGAAAUCCGACUACGUCCAGAAACCCAUUCCCAAGGAAGGCCUGGAAUCACUGUUUGACAAGAUGAUUGAAUUGGGGAAAGUAGGGUUGGUGUUCAACUCCUACGGUGGGAAGAUGAGCCAGAUCCCGGAGGAUGCCACCCCUUUCCCCCACCGUGCUGGCAUCUUGUACAAGAUCCAGUAUUCCGUCAACUGGCACGACACCUCCGACAACUUGACGAAAGAGUACCUCGGUGAAGCUGUUAAACUUCACGAGUUCAUGACGCCGUUUGUGACCAGUAACCCCAGGCAGGCCUUUUUCAACUACAGAGACAUUGAUAUCGGGUCCACCACCAACGGCAACAAUACCUACGAGGAAGGCAAAGUGUACGGCGUCAAGUACUUUAAGAACAACUUUGAUCGGUUAGUCAAAAUUAAGACCGCCGUUGACCCCACCAACUUCUUCCGCACGGAGCAGAGCAUCCCACCGCUUCCUAAGUGAUUCCGAUCAUAUAUCUUCCGCGUCGUCGUCGAUUAAUUAAUCCCCGAUCAAUUAUUAUCGUGGAUUUGGGGAAACUUAAUGUACAUUUACAUAUAUACUAUAUUUUUAAAACACACUGAAUUCAACCAUUAUUUGGUGAAACUUAAAUUAAAAUGUUAAUUGUAGUAUAUAUUAUUAAUUAGUUUUUGCGGAUAGAGUUUAUAUAUUUGUGAACUCUCUCGAGUGUAUUGUAAGGCCGCUUGUAAAUAUGAAUAAUCAGUUGUUCAACUUAAAUAUUAAUACUAUAAAUACUUUACACAUUACUUAUUACC